AUGGCUGGAGCUUUGAACAGACAUUUCUCUACAAAGCACGAGUUUUCUUGUCUAAUCGAGAGGCAGCUAUUUACACGAAAGAAUUCUUCUCUUAACACUCCAACUUCAGCGGUCGAUAUGAUCACUCCAAUUAGUCAAGUUGAGGUAGCAGUGAAUAAAAGUGAAGCCUUAGGAAGGGCUAAACGUAUUGAUCAAAGCUUACAAUAUAAAUUAAGAGACAAGACAAGGUUGUUUAUUGAUUUCAUGCGCAUCAAAGUUAAAGGGG